UCCCCACCUCCACUUCCUCACUCCAUCUCUUCUCUCCACAUCUCCACCUCCUACGGACUCAAGCACACCAGUACCAAGGCAGGCAGCCUCCAUGGACGCGGUGGAGUCAUCGUCGCCCUACUCCCCGCCCUCGCUGAGCCACAAGCUGAGGACGACCGUCUGCGGCUGCUUUGGAUCACCAUCCUCACCGGGCAGCGGCGCCGAGAGACCGCACACCGGCGGCGGCAGGGCCAGGUGGAGGCGGCGCGUGGCGGCCGCGGGGGAGUUCAAGUACGACCCUCUCAGCUACGCGCUCAACUUCGACGACGGCGGCAGCGACGACGGCACGGAAGCAGAGGAUGCGGCCUUCCGGCACAGAAACUUCAACUCGCGCCUCCCUCCCUCGCCGGUGUCGGCCUCCCGAGCGCCAUCACCUAAAGUCCUGAAUCAGGAUGGACACAGUCCGGGCCGGUCCGGUCCCGGUCCGAGCCCUCGUUUGGACCGGCCGUCGGCGGUCCGAGCCGGACCGGACCGAGCAGUGCGGCGGUCUUGAUUUCGGGGACCGGACCGGCAGGCGCGAAGCUCGGUGCGGACCGGCAGUCCUCACGGUCCAGGCGACAUCCAGUCACUGCCAUGUGGGCCCAGCGUGACGGAGGGGUGGUCGGAGAAGAAGCAGGGUGGCCGGAGCCGGAGAAGACGCUCCUGAUGCGCGGCGGCGCGAGGAAUAGGCAAGGAAGAGAGAGGGACCGGCUCGGCUACGCGGGGGAGACGAGGAGCAGCCGCGCGAGGGCAUGGCAGCGCGAGGCAGAGGCGCGGCGGCGCGAGGCAGA